AUGAUGGUCAGGAACUCGAGUUCGAAAAGCUCAACGUCUAACAACAAUUCAUCCGCAAGUACAGGGUCCAGUAUAUUCCAAAAUCUAAGGCGAUUGACAAACCCAUCUUCUAACCAUACAAAUAAGAGCCCCUCCGGAAGCAGUCCUAGAACUUCUUACAGUCCUGAACGUGACUCCACUACCACCAGAGAAUCUCAUACCAACUCAUUGAAACCAUUAAACAAGAAGACUUCGUUGAAUACACAGAAUCUAUCACAAUACAUCAAUGAUAAACACAGUCCUCAACAUACAAGGUCUGCCUCCGUGCAAUCCUCGUCAAAAUAUUCCUAUUCAAGAAGGUCUUCUUCUCAAACAUUGGGAAGCACUUUAAACCAAAUUGCUAGACAACAUACAAAUCAAAGCUCUGCAAGCAUUCUAUCACAAGGUUCAUUCACAAAUUUAUCCAAGUUUAUAGCACCCGAUGGGAAGAUCAACUUAGAAAUGCCAAGGGACCCCAAUGAAGUGGAAGUCUUAUUUGAAGAUAUAAUGUUAAAGAGAAAUAUAUUACAAUCAUUACCCACUGACAAACAAAAUGAGUUGAUGAGUUAUGAUUUGGAGAAAAAAUGGUUAAUUGUAAAGCAAGAUUUACAAAAUGAAAUGAAGAAGAUGAGAUUGAAGACUAAUUCCACUAAUACUAAUAACAAUAAUAAUAAUAAUCGUUCUUCAAUGUCACCUGAAAACUCUUCCACUAUAAAUUUAAAUUCACCUGCUACAAUGCAAAUGUCACCACAUCAUCAUAUCGGUUCUAACAGUAAUAGCAGUAUAAAUUCACAUCAUACCCCCAUAACUAUCUCAAAGAGACCGACGGGGCCCAUAUCAAAUCCAAUCCCUAAUGCAGAUAUGUACAAACUGAGUAUGAGGAACACUAGUUCAUCAUCAAUGUCAGAUAAGACAAAUCGGCCCCCAAUCCAUUAUGUGAAAAGAAUAAUCGCGGAUACUAUAACUUCAGAAGAAAUGAAGGAUUUAUGGGUCACAUUAAGAACAGAACAAAUUGAUUGGGUCGACGCAUUUAUAGAACAUCAGGGACACAUUGCAAUGGCUAAUAUCUUAAUGAAAUCACUAUAUAAGACAUCUUCCGAUGGAACUCCAAACCCUCAAUUGUUAGAGAAGGAAAAUGCAUUUUUCAAAUGUUUUAGAGUGUUAUCCAUGUUGUCCCAAGGACUACGGGAAUUUACAAGACACGAAAUAAUGUCACAAACGGUGGCGAGAGGUUUGUUUUCUAUAACUUUAUCAACAAGGAGAAUGGCUACUGAAAUAUUUGUUUGCAUGCUUGAGAAGAAGAACCCUGAAAGAUUCAAAGUAAUCUUAAAUGCAUUAGAUCAAAAAUUUAAAAUUGGUUACAAUGCUCACAUGACUCAAAAUAUUAAAAUGUUUCCUGAUUAUUUUACUCAUCUUACAUUGGAUAGUCAGUUGAAAGUGACACAGGCAUGGCUAUUUGCAGUGGAACAUACUUUAGAUGGGAGAGGUAAAAUGGGAUCACUUGUUGGUGCCUCGGAUGAUUUUAAAAAUUCAGGAGGUGAAAAUGCAAUAUUGGAAUACUGUCAAUGGUCAAUGAUUUUUAUUAAUCAUUUAUGUUCAUGUUCCAGUAAUAUUAAUCAAAGAAUGUUAUUAAGAACGAAAUUGGAAAAUUGUGGGAUUUUGCGUAUAAUGAAUAAAGUCAAAACAUUAGAUUAUGAUAAAGUUAUAGAACAAAUUGACUUAUACGAAAACAACAAAUUGGACGAUUUAAAUACAUUGUUAGAGUCAAAUAAUAAGAAUGCUAACAUUAAUCUGCAGGAUCCAACUUCCAUGCUUCGAAAUCUAUGGGAUGCCUGUAAAGGUACAGAAAAUGAAAAAUUAUUAAUAUCUUUAAUGCAACAUCUUUUUCUUUCAAGUUCACAAUUUAUUGAAGAGAAAAAGGAUCCUGUUAAAUUAUCAAGACAACUUAAACUGUUAGAUUCAUUGGUGACAAAUGUUAGCGUUUCAUCAACUGAUCAAGAAGCCAGCAUGAAUAUGGCCAUUCAAAGACUUUAUGAUGCAAUGCAGACAGAUGAAGUAGCUAGGCGAUCCAUUCUUGAAAGUCGGACAUUAACAAAGAAACUAGAAGAAGUUCAAGCAGAACGUGACUUACUAUCACAAAAAUUGAAAAAUGCUGAACACGGUCUCGUUGGUCAAUUACAAGACGAGUUGGCUCAAAGAGAUCGAAUCUUAUCAAAAAACCAAAGGGUUAUGGAACAAUUACAAGGAGAAUUGGAAGAACUGAAAAAGAAACAUCUACUUGAGAAGCAUGAACAAGAAGUCGAACUACGUAAAAUGUUGACCAUAUUAAAUGCAAGACCUGAAAUUGUCGAAGGUAAUGGGACCUCAAAGAAAACGAAGGCAAAGAAUCCUAGUGCACUCGAUCCAUCUAAGAAGCAAAGUAUACAACAAGCUUUGCAGGAUGGUUUGAGUCGUACUAAGAAAGAUUAUAGUGUUGAUGCAAGAAACUUUGGUAUGACUAUUCAACCAAAUAAAAGAUUAAAGUUGCUUAGAAUGCAAAUGGAGGAUAUUGAAAAUGAAGCUAGAGAACUAGAGAUGACAAAUUUUACUGAAUAUGAAAAACGAAAACUUGAAGCACCAUCAAAGAUUAAGAAACCAAAGAAAGUAGCAACGAAAAAAGAGAUUGAUCCAAGCAUAAACAAAUUAAAUGAUCUCCGACAAACUCUUGCGGAAAUUCAAAUGGAAUCAAAUGAUAUUUCCAAGUUUAAUGUGGACGAAAGGGUAAACGAAUUAUUCAAUCAGAAACGUAUCACAGCAUUGAAACGACUUCAAGAUUUAGAAACAAAAUACAAAGAUUUUGGUAUUGAUUUCAACAUUGAUGAACUGGUAGACUCUGCAUCAAAAGAUGAAAACGGAAAUAAUCAGCAAUCUGGAGACUAUUCUAGCUUAGAUCCUAAAGCGUACCAAAGAAAACUUGAUGAACUAAACCGGUUGACUGACGAACUUCUAAGAGUAAAAAACAAAGUAAAUGCAUCAGAUAAUAACUUGUCAAGUCGAAGGCCAUCCGCAUCGUCAUCGUCUGAAUCUGCCUCCUCAUCAUCUGACUCAGAUGACGGCGAAAGUUUGAUAGAAAGACAAGAUACUCAAAGUAAUUUUUCUGGAACGUCUGCAGGACCAGGAUCCUUCCUGGAGGCCCUAACACAAAAGUAUGCAACAGGUCAAAAAAGUGCAAGUCCUAGAGACCAAUCAACAAGGAUGAAGGACAAUAUCUUUAUUAAUCGUAUAAAGCAGACUAACGUGGCUCCGCCGUUCCUCGACGAACUGACUGAUAAGGUAGCUGAAGCUCCACCUGUAGAAGCAAGUUUAGCUGAACCAGAUAAUAAUAAUACAAUCAACGAAUCAUCAAAAGAAGAAACUGGGGAGGCAAAUUUAACCUCUUCUGACAAUGAAGUGGUCGCACAGGCGUCUCUAUCCAACCCAGAAGUAUCUCCUAAACAUGAUAAUAAUAGUGUGAAAGAUGUCAAUGAAUCAGAUGAUAAGGCAGAGGUUUCAGCAAAAGAUACUUCUGCAGACUCUCAACCACCGCCACCGCCACCACCGCCAUUACCAGACUUUUUUACAAAUGAACAAAAGAAUUCAAGUUCAGAGACCUCCAUCCCUCUACCGUCUCCUCCAUUACCUGAAAAGCUAUUUGAGAAUGCAGGGGCACAUCCUUUGAAACAUUUGAGACAAAGUGCAUCGUCUCCAGCGUUAAAUUCAGCCCUUCCUCCUCCACCUCCUCCUCCACCUCCACCACCAUUGCCAACAGACGGACCAAGAAAAAAGGUUAUAGCAUCUCCGCUAUUGCCCCAAUCUGCUUCAUUAUUUGAAAAUUAUCCUCGUCCACAGAAGAAACUUAAACAAUUACAUUGGGAAAAAUUGGAUGCCACAGAUAAUUCUAUCUGGAAGACAAAUAAGGCUGAAAAAUUUGCAGACGAUCUUUAUGAAAAAGGUGUUCUUACCGAUUUAGAAAAAGCGUUUGCGGCUAGAGAAAUCAAGUCACUAGCAUCAAAGAAGAAGGAAGAUUUAGAUAAAAUAUCAUUUCUUUCUCGAGAUAUUUCUCAACAGUUUGGUAUUAAUCUUCAUAUGUAUGCAAAUUUACCCGUUGAUGACGUGGUGAAGAAAAUAUUAAAAUGUGAUCGUGAUUUCCUACAUACACCAAGUGUUAUUGAAUUUCUAUCUAAACCAGAAAUUGUUGAGGUAUCUGUUAAUCUUGCUAGGAAUUAUGCACCAUAUAGCACUGAUUGGGAAGGUGUGAAGUCAGUUGAGGAUGCAAAGGCACCAGAGAAAGAUCCUAAUGAAUUACAAAGAGCUGACCAACUUUAUCUCCAAUUAAUAAUCAACCUUCAAUCCUAUUGGGGUUCGAGGAUGAGAGCUCUUACUGUGAUAACUACGUUUGAUAAGGAAUAUAAUGAGCUUCUAACCAAGCUAAGAAAAGUAGAUAAGGCAGUGAGUUCACUUCAAGAAUCUGAAAACUUAAAGAAUGUCUUUAAUGUUAUUUUGGCUGUUGGUAAUUAUAUGAACGAUACUUCGAAGCAGGCACAAGGGUUUAAAUUAGCUACAUUACAAAGAUUAACUUUUAUCAAGGAUUCUACUAAUAGCAUGACAUUCCUUAACUAUGUUGAAAAGAUUGUAAGAAGUAAUUAUCCAUCCUUUAAUGAUUUUUUAACCGAACUAGAGCCUGUUUUGGAUGUUGUUAAGAUUUCAAUAGAGCAACUAGUAAGUGAUUGUAAAGAAUUCUCCCAAUCAAUUGUCAAUGUUGAAAGAUCAGUUGAAUUUGGUAAUUUAAGUGACUCCUCUAAAUUCCAUCCACAGGAUAGAGUAUUAGCUAAAGUUUUGCCUAUAUUACCAGAUGCCAGAAAGAAAGGUGAACUACUAGGUGAUGAAGUGAAAUUGACCAUCAUGGAGUUUUUAAGAUUGAUGCAAAUAUACGGUGAAGAUUCAGAAGAUAAGUUUGCCAAAAAUUCCUUCUUCAAGAAAUUUGCUGAUUUCAUUACUGAAUACAAGAAGGCUCAAAAUCAAAAUAUCAAAGCGGAAGAGGAAGAACAAGUAUAUGAAAGACAUAAAAAGAUGGUUGAGGAUCAGCAAAAGAAAUUGCAAGAACAAGAAAAUGGAAGCAACGGUUCAGAGAAUGGAGAAGAGGGAAGUGGUGAUGAUUCUGGUGAUCGGAGGGCAAUGAUGGACAAACUUCUGGAUCAAUUAAAGAAUGCAGGUCCUAGCAAGACUGACCCAUCCUCAGCAAGGAAAAGGGCGUUGGUAAGGAAAAAACUCAUGACUGAAUCAACUGCUCUCCUCAAAGACAUUGAAACUGAGGAUGAUUCUAUUAUUUAUUCACCAGAAGGGAAGAAUCCAUUCGUAAACCCAGUUGAUCUGGAUACCCCUCAUGAUGAAUCAGAAAUGGACGUGUCCUCCUCUCCAAUACAACGUAGCUUAUCACCAAGUAGAAAUUCCACUUUAUUAUCAGAUGAUCAAGAUGAAGUUACCGAUAGAGCAAAGGCUUUGCUAAUGGAACUAAGAGGAUCAAAUACUCCUUCCAAGAGAAAUUCCCUGUUGGACGAACAUAAAGAGAAACUAAGGGCUCGUAGAAGGAAAACGAAUAGUGAUUUGCAUUCGGGUACAAGACUCCAAUUUGUUGGAGAGACGGUGCCAGAAAAGGAAGUAGAACCCAUAACAGGAGAGCCUGAUGGUACAUCAACUGAACUAGAAGAAACAAGUAAUUUAUCAUCUGAAAACCAACAAAAGGUUGAUGUGGAAUCAAUAGAAGAUGAGAAAGCUGAUGAGCCACAUACUGCUGAUUCAACGUAA